AUGCGAGAGUCGAGCUUACAGACAUUGGAAUGUCUAUAUAAUGCUACAAAGGUGUAUCCUAGUACCACCAUACCACUCCCGGAAUCCAACGAGAAGAUCUCCUUAUUAGAGACUCCUGAAUCGAGUUUAUCUGAAUCUCUUUCAUCGGUUACCUCGUUGAGCACCCCUCUCAAUGAGGAUGAGUUUGUCGAUGACGAGAGGAUCAGUCUUGCUGGUUCUCCCGAUGGGGUGUAUAUUGAUUCCGACGAGUACCUGACGACUGAUUCCGAGAGUGACAUGGAGGCCAAGAAUGUCUUUGCAGGGGAGCAUGGUGCGGAUGAAACCCAGCAACAGCAACAACAACAACAGCAACAACUACAGCAACAACAACUACAGCAACAACAACAACAUGAGGUGGUUGAAGACGGUAUGAAGUUUAACAAAGUCCCAUUAGGUCCCCAUUUACAAGACGGUGUUUCGUCCCUGACAAUGUUAAUGAAACACAAGGUAGACAGCUACCACAACGUUAUUACCAAGCGAGAUCCCGGGGACACCCUAGUACCACUCUGCAUCCAUUUCUGCCAAGAGAAGACGGACAUCAAAGUCAGUUCACGGGCCACUGUUGGCGAAGUGACUUCGUAUCUUGUCCAUAGGUUUCAUGGAGAUCCCAAACAGUACCAUUAUGUUGUCUACAUGGGGGACGAUGGUGAAAUAGAGGACGAUUUGGGGGCCUUGGAUAAAAACAGGGAUAUUGGCGGGUACGGUAUUGACGAACUCUUUAUUGUAGCUGAGCCGAGACUGUCACGUGACUCCGGCGACGCCGACGCCAACGCCAAUAGCGACGGCAACAGCGACGGCGACGCGUCGGUUGUUAUGCGACAAACACGACAAACUCGCCCACAGCGACAACCACGACAACCAAGGCCGAGCCCCCCCGUUUUGGUGUGGACUGUUCAACGAAGAGUCUCUACGGCUUUAAAAGUACGUGCAUUUAAAGUGCGUGGGAUGGUUGUAACUUUAGGGGACGGCGUCCUCAAAUUGGAGAGUGUUGGAGACGGACGGGUGCGAGUGUUUGGAUUAGGGAGCAUCAUACGUGUCAAGGUUGUUGAGGGCCCACUCUUGAAGAUCAAGGUUGUACGUCCUGGGAGAGAAGGGUAUAAGAGGUACCUCCUUGAGGCAGACAGUGCGUUAGAGGCGCAAUCUAUAGUACAAGAGAUCAGUGAACGAGUAGAACAGUACAAAUGA